AUGAUUCGCUUGAUCAACAUUGAGACGUUGAAGCUGGAGACAUUCUCUGGCAAAAAUAUUCCCAAAUAUACUAUUCUAUCCCACACCUGGGGCCCCGAUACGGAGGAACUCACUUUCGAUGACUUCCAGAAAGGAAUAACCGACAAGCCAGGUAUUGGAUCCAUCAAGCUCAAGGGAUGUUGUGAUCAAGUCAAAAAAGACAACAUCAAAGAAGAAAAAGAAGAAAAUAAAGUGCAAUAUGUCUGGAUUGAUACUUGCUGCAUCGACAAAUCAAGCUCGUCAGAACUGCAAGAGGCCAUCAACGCAAUGUUUGAUUGGUAUGCCGAUGCUUCUGUCUGUUAUGCCUAUUUAUGGGAUGUCCCUGAAGACGACAAGCCACCCUCUGAUCGUGAAUCCAAGUUCUUCACUAGCCGAUGGUUCACACGAGGUUGGACUCUACAAGAGCUUCUUGCACCAAAGGAAGUACGUUUCUACAACACAGAAUGGAAACUCAUAGGCGACAAAAUCACACUGAACCGUACUAUUGAGGACAUAACUGGCAUCUCAUGGCUGGUUCUGAAAGGUAUCGACAAAAUCCAGAAUGCAAGCGUCGCACAGCGCAUGUCAUGGGCGGCGCGAAGAGAAACAACGCGACCUGAAGAUCUCGCAUAUUGUCUGUUAGGCAUCUUUGACAUACAUAUGCCGAUGCUGUACCCAGAGGGCGGUAAAGAUGCCUUCUUUCGGCUGCAAGAUCUGAUUAUGAGAAAGACCGGGGAUGAUUCCAUCCUGGCAUGGGACCACAACGAGUCCCCCGACUACCCAAAUCGGAUUACUAGCGGGGAGAUAUUUGCAGUCAGCCCAGCAUAUUUUGCCAACUCUGGAAAGAUUGUGGCCCGAAAGCCCGAGCGCAUUUUCAGUGAAAUCAAUGUGCUUGGUGGUAGACUGGGCAUCAACCUGCCGCUCCAUAUUACUGAGUCUGGUGAAUUGUAUGGAUUGCUCAACUGUGGGCCUAAAUCGGCCAAGGAUGGAGUUCAAUGUGUUGGAAUUCCUCUGGCUAGAGCAUCCUCCGGGGCGCCAAACGAGUAUAUCAGGCCAAAGGAGCGCUCUUUGAGCCUGCUCCCAGCACCGGCAGCCGAUUCUUCACCUGAGUGGAUCCAAAUAAAAAAGGACGGCCAAAAGGAUGCGACGAUAGAGCAGCAAUGCUGGCUAUAUGAGGAUGCCUCGUUUACCAAAAUUCACCUGGAGUUGACAGAAGUGGAGCCUUCGUCUUGGUGGGAUAAGAAGAAAGGCAUGAUUUCUCGAAUAGAUCCUAGCGAUGCUCAGCCUAUUGAUCGAGUCUUGAUGCGAUGUCGCUAUUCCAAAACAGAAUCCCCAGAUUUUCUCUUUAUACUCGAAUUGAACCAGCCGGGUUCUAACGCUAAGCAUCUGUUUCAUACUGCGAUAUGCCACAGAGAUGCUUCGCUGCGAGAGCUCGCGGAACAUUUUCGACCAGAGCUACCAAACAUAUCCGGAUACGCUAGCAAUGGGAUAUUCAAUCUACACGUUACACUAGACUCAGAGGAUGGAGGAGACAGAAUGUCUCUCACGCCCGGAGAAGCACCCGAUUCGCAUGAUACUAUCAAUGCGUCUUCAGAGACGGAAAAGUUGGCGGCUGUUUCUCAAUUCACAAAAUUGUUGAAGUCUAGGAAGCUAGAGAAAACGAAAGAAGAAAGGCUCAGAAUGGAUACAGAAGCCCGCCAGCGGCGUUUGCAAUUCGUCAAGGAUCAGCGACAGGCGGUCGACGACGAAAUAAAAAAGCUUGAGGCUAGAAGGGUGAUGCUGAUUGAGGAAGAACAAGACAAGACUCGCGAGAUGCACAGUCUAGCAGAAGAUCAGACACAAGCCAGACAGCGCCGAGACAACUUGUUCGAAGAGCUAGAAGUUGCACAUCAACGGCUAAGAAGUGUCCAGCCCAUCGAGUAUUCCGAAGUGGACUUGUAUGACUUUGAUGUGGACGAAAAUGAUUCCGACGCCCAGAGAAAGGAUGAUGAUGCGGGCAGGAUGUUGUUUCGAGAAGCCAUCAAGAAUGGCGAUGUUGAAGUGAUGAAGAUUCUUAUUGAAGGGUCUGCCGACAGGGACGCUGUAAGCAACUAUGGCUGGCUGGUGCUAAUUUCGGCGUCCAUCAGAGGAGAUGCCGACACGGUGAGGGGACUCCUCGCAACCAACAAAGUUGAUCCUGACUCCAGAGACGGAAGAGCUGGUAGGACAGCGCUCAGUUGGGCAACUGAGAAUGGUCACACCGAAGUCGUGAAGCUGCUUCUCGAUACGAACAAGGUCAAUGUCAACUCAAGCAACGGUGAUGGAAGCACGCCAUUGCAUUAUGCUUCAUUGAGACAGCAUGAAGAUAUUGUCAAAGUGCUUCUUAAUACGAGGGGCAUAGACGUCAACUUACAAGACGUCUAUGGAUAUUCGCCACUGCAUUUAUCCGCAAGACGAGGAUAUGAAGCUAUCGUACAGCUACUUCUCAGAAAGAUUGGGGUGGAUGUAAACCUACGAGAUGGUUACCAAUGCACUCCUCUGCAUUAUGCAGCAUCGACGGGGUAUGAAGCUAUUGUGCAGCUCCUUCUCGAAAGACACGAUGUGGAUGUCAAUGCCAAAGAUGACCAUAAAAACACUCCUCUGCAUUUGGCCGCAAUAGAGGGACAUGAGGCAGUAGCAGAACUACUUCUCCAAAGAGCUGAGACUGAUGUCAAUGCAAGAGAUGUCGAUGGCAACACUGCACUACAUUUCGCUGUAUUCAAGGGAUACGAAGCUAUUACACGCUUGAUCCUCGGAGACAUGGAUACCGACGUUAAUGCAAGAAACAACGAGGGAAGAACACCGUUGCAUUCAGCUACAAGACAGAACCAGCGUUCUAUUGUGAAGCUGCUCAUUGACGCGAACCCUAUGGACCUCAACUCACAGGACCGUGGAGCAUGCACGCCGUUACAUUAUGCCUCAACUGGGGGCUUUGCAGACGCUGUAAAGUUGCUUCUCAACACAAACAGGGUGGAUGUUAACGCGCGAGAUGCUGAGCAAGCCACGCCGUUGCAUUUGGCUUCAGAAAGAGGCCAUACGUCUGUUGUGAAGCUGCUUGUUGCCGGGGAUGACAUAGAUCUCAACCCUCAAGAUGUGACUGGCAAGACGCCAUUACAAUGUGCAUCUGACGGAGGCUGGGGUGAUGCAAGACAACUGCUGCUUAAUCGAGGCGCAUUUAACAUCUACCAACGGACGCUUCAGGGUCAUACCCACAGUAUCGAAGGGGUGGCCUUUUCACACGACUCAACGCUUAUAGCAUCAGGGUCGUCGGAUUUUACUGUCAAAAUCUGGGAUAGGAUCACAGGAAGAUGCCUAAAGACACUCGAAGGUCAUGAUGGCAUUGUCAAUGCGGUGGCCUUUUCGCACGAUUCAACGCUUAUUGCGUCGGCAUCAGAUGAUUCUACUAUCAGGAUCUGGAACACCACAACAGGACAAUGCCAACAAUUAUUACGUGACCCUAGAUCGGACAUCACCAUCGAGACAGUGGCAUUCUCACAUGACUCAAAGCUCAUAAUAUCAGGGUCGAGUGAUAACACCCUCAAGAUGUGGGAUGCAACGACAGGCAGGGCCCUAAGAUCGCUUACGGGUCAUAAUGCCGCCAUCUAUGCAGUAGCCUUUUCACCCAACUCCGACUUAAUUAUAUCCGGAUCAGGAGAUGGUGUCGUUAUACUUUGGAAUCUCGUUGAAGGAACCAGCAACGUAUUGGAGACUCAUACCGGAAGCAUUGGUUCCGUCGCCUUCUCGGAGAACUCAUUGUAUUUCUACACAUCGUCACAAGAUGGUACCGUUAGAAGCUGGAGUUCUACAAGUGGCCAAUGCCAACAGAUAUUGCGCGGUCAUAGGGGUACUGUUUCUUCGGUGGCCAUUUCACCCACUUCGACCACUUCACCUACCUUUAUAGCAUCGGGGUCGUUUGACGAAACAGUCAAGAUUUGGGAGGCCGAUACAGGGAUAUGCAGACAGACGUUUGUUAGCAAAGGUGCUGGGGUUUAUGCAAUAGCUUUCUCUCAUGACGCGAAUUUCGUCGUAUCUGGCUUGAGUGACGGCACUAUCAAGAUUUGGGAUAUGUGGUUGGCUUUUUACGCUUCUAGUAUGAAUCGGCAGCGUGAUGAAGAACAGGUCGAGAAGAGGCUAUUGGAGAUGGAGAUGCAAGAUCGGACGCCCAUUGGGUCCCCGAUGGACGGCGACAGUGGUUUAGGGAAUGACGAAGGUCCCAUGGCCUUCGGUAACGACAGGUCCCCCCGUCACACUAGUAGCGCUUCCAGGAACAAUAUAAACAGAGUGUUGUCCAGUUACAUGCGUGAGAGGGACAUGUCUCCCAAUGACACGGGUCUUAGGAGCGUGCCUCAAAGGAACAUGUCUCCUAUGAACAACAUGGAGCCCCCAAACCACUUGCUGCCUAUGAAUGGCAUGGUUCCUGGAAAUGGAAUGCUGCCUGACUUGUACACUGCAAACGAAAUACCUCCUACGAACAUGGCGUACAUGAACAACAUGACCCCCAGGAGUAUGACCCCCAUGGACAGUGUGCCUCUCAUCAGCGCGUCCGAGAUGAGGAGGCAGAGAAACUACAACAAUUGGUUACAAAGCAAGAUGGCACGGGGGGCCCAGGGUAGCCCGGGUUCAGAAAUGCAAAAUUGGGAGAGCUGA